GCCUGGGAACUUCCAUAUGCCACAGGUGUUGCUCUAAAAAGAAAAGAAAAAAAAAAUUAACUAAAGGCCUACCAGAUCUACUUUUUUCUUGCUGAGAAGACAAUGGAUCUGAGUUGAAAAAGAGGCUAAGCCUCACAUGUGGAUCUGAAGACAAAAACGAGUUGAAGGCUAAUCCAAAAGUGCAAUCAUUCUGACUUGUCACCUUCCCCAUAGAAACCAAACUUCCCUGCAGAGGCUGGGGCUUCUAGCUGGAGCUGAAAAUCCCUGAGAAGCAGAGAGUUACGACAACUAAAAGUCAAGACCCUGGGGUGCAUACUACAAGGAACAACAAAGGUUAACACGGUUAUUUGGGCAAAGGUAUUAUAGGACAGCUGGCCAGAGCCCAAAGUGGGGACCAGGAGGUAGGGAAGGCCCAGCCCCCUGAACCACAGCCACAGCCGCCCUCUGAGGAAUGGAUACCAUGCCGUGGAGGGGCUGAGGGCAGCAUCUAUGGAUAGAUGCUAAAGGCCAGCCUGAGCUAUGGCAAGGUGAUGUGGGUCCUAUAUCCCCAGAGCUUGGAGAGUCUGUUUCUACAUCCUCCAUGUCCAUGAAGCCCAGGCCAGGGCUCUAUAGGAAGGACAGCCAAGAAAGGAAGAUUAUUUUUGUUGCUGCCAUUGUGGGGGUCCUGGCAGCUGUAGGACAGAAAUAUCUCUAAUUCCAGAGUGGUCAUAUGAGGCAAGGGAAGCUGCUUAGAGCCUAUAGAGUGGACUUAGUUUUAGGGAUUGGAGAGAGUCAAAGGCUGGGGGGCAGGGAAGGUUUACUUUAGGUGGGGGUGAUAUAGAUGUCAUUUGUUUUUUCCCUCCACAGACAACAUCCUGCUGGAGAACCUACCUCUGGGCCAAGAAUCUUUUGUUACCUUCCUCUCCAACAAGUUCAAGUCUCACAGAUGUGCACACUCAGCUCAAUACACUCAGCCUCCCCUCCCCCAUCCCACCCCCAUUGACAGGAGAUUGACUCCUGCUGUGCACAUAAGCUGGGAUAAUGGGGGGGGGCACUUUCUAAACAUCGCUUCAACAGUCCCAAGUCCCGAGUAGUGGGGGGCUGGGGAAGGGGUGCUCUUUCCCAUACCCUUGGCUUUUGUGUGGCCUGUAAUACCUGAUCAAGAGAUAUAGAAAGACUGGAGUGUGACACUAGGCUCUCCUUUCAGAAUCAGAAAGUCCAAUGCUUUGAGCCCUCCUAUUUCUAUCCUUCACCUUGCUUUUCUUUUAAUGUCCCUGACUCGCCUUUGAUCUCUGGCCCUCAGGUUCAAGGCCUCAAAAGGCCAAAACCCUGUAGUUACCCUUCUCAAGCUCCUCUGACUUUAACACCAUCAGAUUCAACCACUGACCCCUCCCCCAUCCCAGCAGCAAGAGCUUGCUAAUCUUUUAGCUACUAAUCUUUUAGCCACUAAUCUGAUUUCCAAACUGUUGGCACCUGAGCUAUUUAUAAAGCAGUAUUUCAUCCCCCCAGAAGCCUGUUCUUCUCCCCUGACCCCCACCAAUCUAAAAACUCAGAGGACCUUGGGUAUAAGAGGUUGGGCAGGCGAGCAUAGCAACCAGAGCUGGAGACGGAUGUGAGCUUCAUCUUACUCCCCAGCUCAACAUCAACACAAUGGCCAACAUGUCCAGGGUGUUUAAGAAGACCUGCUCCAACGGCAAGCUCUCCAUCUACCUGGGGAAACGGGACUUCGUGGACCAUGUGGACAUGGUGGAACCCAUUGAUGGUGUAGUCCUGGUUGACCCUGAGUAUUUAAAAGGUCGAAAGAUGUUUGUCAUGUUGACAUGUGCCUUUCGCUAUGGCCAUGAUGACUUGGAUGUGAUUGGCCUGACAUUCCGCAAAGAUCUGUAUGUACAGGUCCAGCAAGUGGUCCCAGCUGAGCCCACCAGCCCUCAGGUGCCCCUCACGGUCUUGCAGGAGCGACUGCUGCACAAGCUGGGGGACAAUGCUUACCCCUUUAACCUGCAGAUGGUUGUCAACCUGCCCUGUUCAGUGACACUGCAGCCAGGUCCUGAUGAUACAGGAAAGGCCUGUGGCAUUGACUUUGAAGUGAAGAGUUUCUGUGCUGAAAACCUGGAGGAGAAAGUCUCCAAGAAAGAUUCCGUGCGGCUGGUGAUUCGGAAAAUACAGUUUGCACCUGUGGAGCCAGGCCCUGGCCCCUGGGCCCAGACCGUUCGCCGUUUCCUUCUGUCAGCUCAGCCCCUACAACUCCAGGCCUGGAUGGACAGGGAGGUUCACUACCAUGGCAAACCAAUCUCUGUCAAUGUUUCCAUCAACAACUCCACCAACAAGGUCAUCAAAAAAAUCAAGAUCUCUGUUGACCAGAUCACAGAUGUUGUCCUGUAUUCACUAGACAAGUACACCAAGACUGUGUUCAUUCAGGAGUUCACGGAGACUAUAGCUGCUAACUCCACCUUCUCCAAGAGCUUUGAAGUAACCCCACUCCUGGCUGACAACUGCGAGAAACAGGGCCUGGCGCUGGAUGGCAAACUCAAGCAUGGUGACACCAACCUGGCCUCUAGCACAAUUCUUCGGCCAGGAAUGGAUAAGGAGCUGCUGGGGAUCUUGGUGUCCUACAAAGUCAGAGUCAACCUGAUGGUGUCCUGUGGCGGCAUCCUAGGCGACCUGACAGCCAGUGAUGUCGGCGUGGAGCUGCCCCUGAUCCUAAUGCACCCAAAGCCAUCAAAUGCUCUGAGGACAUAGUCAUCGAGGAGUUUGCUCGGCAGGAGCCCGGUGGCAGAGAAGAGAGCCAGGAGGCUUUGGCGGCUGAGGGGGAUGAGGGCAGCUGAGCACCUAGCUUUGUGCCUCUGUGUGGGAGCCCCACUGUAACAUUCUAAUAAAUCAGCUUGUCCAGA